UAAACAGAUGGGUGGAAGGGGAUUACAUUUCAGGGAGUCACACCCGCCAUCCGACCGCUGCGCCCCGUUUCCCUUCAGAGGUUGCUGCUUUGUCAAAGAUCACCCAUAGUACCUUUAAGAAGCUGUGCGGAGGGGGAGGGAUUGCACCGUAACAUAUGCAAAUAUAAAGUCUUCCGGUCGUCUUUACCACUACUAUCCUUAUAAUAGUGCUUCCAAUAAUUUGCCACGUCGGAAAUUAGCCAGAGUGAUAAAUAUGUUUAUCAGAAAUCGCUUCCUAGGGACCAUCAAAUAAACUGCAAGGGGGCAGGGAUAUAUCACCAGUUACGGGCUUUCGUGCUUAAGUGUAGAAGAGGGAGAGAGGAAAAAAAAAAGUUCCUGGUAUCCACGCAGCCUUGUCAGUUAGCGCCGGUAGCAUCAUCAUCCGGGCUGACGAAAAUAAUGCAAUUCUAGGAGUGUCUGAUCGGGAAGGAUGAAAUCUUCAAACAGCGUUAACACGUUUCCAAUUAAAGAUACGCCGGGGUAAUCCGGUGGGACCGAUUACGUCUACAAAUAGUCAGUAAAAGGCUGGGAAAGAUCUAACGAAAGUUACUGAACCAAAGGUUGCCAAGUGAAGUUUUAUUGUUUACCACCCACUUCAAGUCGAUAGCAUUAUAUUGAACUACCACAUGCAUCAUAUACUAUAUAAGGGCCUGCGAUUGGAGGCACAGCUGAAAUUGUGUGGUUUAUGGAAUUAAGUGCACACCGAGAAGAAUAUCAUAUGUUUUGAGCAACAGUCCACCUAUUCUGCACGGUGAGAGGGAAAAAAACGCACGGAUUGCACGGCGAGGUGCACCGGGAUCCAUUUCAUCAGCCCGUGCUAAAAGUAUUUCCAGUCGAGGUUGGGAGGCUUUAAUCUUUCGACAGAAAUGAACGGACCGAGGCUGCCGCUAUUCCUUGGAUUUAUGCUUUUGAUAAUCAGAGCUGGAUAUUGCCAAGAUAAGUCAGAUUUCGCGGAGAAGACAGAUUUCGCGGAGUUACGGGACGAAAAAACUCUCUUUAACUUGAUAUUGGAAAUCAUAAACCAGUUACAAAAGCACCACGAGGAAGAAUCUAAUGAUGUUAUGUAUUUUCCACAAGACGUUGACUACACCUUUGAUCCUCAGGAAUUCCCUGAUUAUGAUGUCGCUCAGAAGGAGAAAGUUGAAAUAGUACCCAGGGAUCUAAGGAGGGUGAAGGACAAGUUUCUAAAACAUUUAACAGGACCUCUUUACUUCAGCCCCAAAUGCAACAGACACUUCUACCGGUUGUACCACAAUACCAGAGAUUGUACCAUACCAGCCUAUUAUAAACGAUGUGCCAGACUACUCACAAGAUUGGCGGCUAACCCGAUGUGUGUGAAAGGCUGAAUUCGACAAAUGGUGACAACAAUGAAUUCAAAUAUCCCCAGAACCAAGAAAAGUGCCUUGGAAAACAACAGGGAAACAAAUAGAUCUCAAUACCUUUAUAACAUAUUCCAUUGUGAUCAAAGAUUUAUUUUUGCAUACAGAUGGAUACUUCCAUAAACUCCUCAAUGUGCAUUUUGUAUGUUGGUCAACAUUGUUUCUGUAAUUCUGUACAUUCAUAUAAAUAACUGCCCAUGUUACAAAGGCUUAAUGUUUAAGAAAAUAAUAUAAUUUCACUCUUUUUGCUGCCAAAAUUGCACAUAUGCUUUCUUGUUCAACAAAUAUUUGGAACAUUAUUUUGUAUUAAACAUUGAGAUGCUCAGAUACUGUUCAAGACGAAGCUACUCUAUCCUAAAUUUACUGCAGGAUUUUUCUUCUUGCAUCAGAGUGCCGACUAUCUCUUUUUGUCAUAUGUAAUGCUAUUGCAAUUUAAAACCAUUUGCCACAUUAUAACAUAGUAACUGUCGAUAAUGAGAAUGUUUAGGGUCACCCUGUGGACUAGUUAAAUUAUGAUUUGCAUGACAUUUUCUUGUCUUUUCAAAAUUUAACACCUUAAAACAAUAGUUAGGCUAGUACUAUGUUUGUUAUGGUUUUCAUUCGCUGAACUUAAAGAGGUUUGUCAGCAAUUAUCUUUUGUCUAACAUAGUGGAGUGUCAUUUGUACCAAAAUAUACAAGCUAAUGUCAUUAGUCACUGUACAUUAAGAUUUAUAAACAUUCCAGCUAACAUGUGCAAUAUGUAUAUAUUGUAAAGACUUGAAUAUAUAUCAGUUAUAAAAUAAAGUGUUUGGUAUUUGGCACAGACAGGACUGAGUGCCUUUUGUAUACAUUCCCUGGUUGUUACUACAUUGUUUCACGCCAUGAUUCACUAUAGAAGAUAUCUACAUUUCUAAACUUCAGACAGACAUGGUUUACUUAAACCAAUGUAACUUUUGUCUUUUAAGUCAAAUAAAUGGAAAUGCACAGUAUUUAAUCAGGAGGCAAUAUAAAAAAAUAUUGUUAUCAUAUUGUUUAAAGUUAGGCUGAAUAUAUUUUCAACUCUGAAGCAAACAGAUCUCUGAGAAAGGAUAACACUUGGAAUUAUGCUAUAUCGUCUCCUAAUACAGUAUUUGAUACGUUUGUAUUUAACAGCCACUUUCACAUUCACGUUUCUGUCCAAUGUCAACUUUCCAUUCCAUGAAGAGUUCUGAGCACACUGCAAUUUGCCAUCAUAUUAUCUAUCGACUAUCACGGAUGUCCAUAGAAUUAAUACUCAUACGGUCAUAAGUGAUAGGAGCAGAAAACAUGGAUUUUUAGACUCAGUAGUUUUAAAAUUUGUCUGUUGUUCUUUCCAUUGUUAAAAUAUUAUUCCACAAAAGGAUCUAAAGAAAUUUUGAUAUUCCCUAGUAUUUUUCCACAAAUAAUGUUGUCAAACUCCCUCGUAAUGCCAUGUUGACAAAUGGCUGGCUACUGAAGGGCUUUAGUCAAACGCUUCACAGCUGGUGGCAUUUAGCCAUACAGCUGCAACCUCAAGGGCCAGGCCUUAGGAGGCACACAUGCACAACCUCAAUAGAACUCUCCCAGCUGAUGGAGAUGGCUGUUUCCUCAAUAAAUUGCAUGAGGGAAGUUGCAUCCCCCAGGUUUAUUGACAGGGAACUGACGAGCCUUGUGUACCGUACCACUUAGGAGAGAAGCAAUGUGGACAAAAGACCAGGCAGAUGCCGUCAAGUCACCUGCUGUGAUAUUGCCAGUUGGUUGCAAGGAAGAAGCAAUAUUCCCAUGCUGCUAACCAGUGUCACACAACAUAUCAUUACCUCACAAGCUGGAUCAAGCUGUGUUCUCACAACUUAAAACUUAAUCAUAUUUACAUCUAAGAUAGACUCAAAGUGCUGGAGCAAUUCAGCGGGUCAGGCAGCAUCUCCAGCAUUUAGUGGAGCCCCAAGGCAUUUUAUACAUAUAUUAACAGUAGGAGAGUAAUUAUGGAAAGGGUAAGUCCACUCAAGGAACAAAGAAAGGCCAGAAAAAAUUUGUGAGUUCCUCAAUGUGUAUUUCACAUCAGGAUUUACCAUGGGGAAGAGCAUGGAUGAUGCUGAGGUUAGAGAGGGAUAUGUUACUACUGUAUAUAUGUAGGGAGGUCAUGUUACAGUUAUAUAAGACGUUGGUGAGGGCAUAUUUACAGUAUUGUGUUCAGUUUUGGUCACCAUGUCGUAGAAAAGUUGUUGUUAAGCUGGAAAGAGUGCAGAAGAGAUUUACCAGGAUAUUACCAGGCUCGACUGCCUGAGCUACAGGGAGAGGUUGAGCACAAGUUCACUAGUUAUAAUUCAGGCAUUCUCUGUCUUUCAGUCUAAAGAAGGGUUCACAAGUUGUAGAAGAGUCCACUCUGCCAUUCAAUCAUGGCUGAUCUCUGCCUCCCAAUCCCAUUUUCCUGUAUUCUCCCCAUAACCCUUGACACGUGUUCAAAUCAAAAAAAUGUCUAUCUCUGCCUUAACAAUACCCACUUGGCCCCCACAGCCCUCUGUGGCAAUGAGCAGGCUAGGACAUUAUUCCUUGGAGUGCAGGAAGAUGAAGAGUGAUGUUAUAGAGGUGUACAAAAUCACUAGGAAUAGAUCGAGUAAACACACAGAAUAUUUUGCCCAUUAUAGGGGAAUUGAAAACCAGAGGACAUCGGUUUAAGGUGAGGGUGUAAAGAUUUAAUAGGAACGUGAACAGUAACUUUUUAACAAAGGUUGGUGGGUGUAUGGAAUGAGCUGCCGGAGGAGGUAGUUGAGGCAGGGCCGAUUGCAAAAUUUAAGAAACAUUUAGACAGGUACAUGGAUAGCAUAAGUUUAGAGGUAUAUGGGCCAAACGCAGGCAGGUGGGACGAGUGCAGAUGGGGCAUGUUGGUUGGCAUGGGCAAGUUGAGCCAAAGGGCUUGUUUCCAUGCUGAAUGACUAUUAUUCUAUGACCCUAAUUCAAUGUUCAUACCGUUAGUUUGUAAUUUAGUCAAGUAAAGUAUGAGGUGCUGUUCCUCCAGUUUGCCUCUGGCCUGUCUGGCUCGGAGGCCCAGGAUAUAAAGGUUGGUAAGGGAAUGGAAGGGGUGUUAAAAUAGUUAGCAACUGGAAGAUCCAGCAGGAUUCUUGUUAUCUUGUUAUUCUUGUUGAUUUCUUGUUAUAGAUAGAUGUACAAAGAGAAUGCAUGGAAAACAAUUCAUGUUGGAUAUAAAUUUGACCAAUGAAGCAUGUCCAGGAAAUGCUUGACUUGAUUUUAUUUGCAUUCUUGGACCGUUUGCCACAACAUUGACUGGAGAUGAUUUGUGGUAUAAUAUUUGGAGCAAAUGAUGCAUAAACAAUUUCAAACUGAACGGGAACUAAAUUAGUAAACAUAUUGCUGGCAGCCAUGGAAAAUGAGCCCCAAGGCUUGUGAUAGGCGUGGAGCACAAAUGUGACCAUUUGACAGUGUUAAGGAUAGUCAUCAGCUUAUUUUCCACAUGUUUAUAAACAGGUUUUUAACAAUGGAUCAGUCACCAACAGGCAUCUCCAGCUUGACCAACUGGAGUUAAAAAACUGAGCUUCCAAUAUUGUAUUGCCAUGCUGAGCACAUUGAAAUACAGCGCUAUUCCUCCUUAAAUUAAUCUGGAGAAG